UAUAUUCUGCAUGUCUGUCUUGUUUUGCAUCUUGAAGGAUUCCGUUUGAGGGUUUGAAGACGGUCAGCCACCGCCAUCAUUGCCGACCAACUCGGUCAGCCUUCCCGCAGACCAUACAUAUCUUGGCUACUGCCCCCCCACGAAGUGGUCUCGACUACUUAGAGCACCGACCGGCCCCUCUUUUUGUGUCUACCACCCCCUUCUCUCUCCGAGCCGGGCACUCGACAACAAAGUCAGCACCAUGUCGUUCUCUCCGUGUAUCAGGGGCCGCAUCUCCUCGCCCCUCGAAGCUGGCCCCUCCAUUGUCGAUGGCCACCACCUGCCCACCCACGUCAACGAGGCACUCGAGUAUGCUUCCAAACGCCUAGGAAGGAAAGCGGCCCACAUCACCCUCCUGGUUGUCCGCCGGGACUACCAACUACCCACAUCACCCAUCGCUUCUCCGACAUUCACCCCUAGCCCGCGUCUGGUAUCGGCCGGGAGCACGCCGUCCAGGUCAACCUUUCCAACCUCGAGGAUCGAAGCACUCAAGCAGCUCGUCCGGCCAAACAACUCGGGGGAAGGGCAAAUACGAGAGAGGAUAGUUCACGUCCACCUGGACCAGCUGCGCCAUGGAACUGCUUCGCCGGCUUUCAGUGAGGCGUCGGCGUUUUCGGCCUCCACAGCCUCCUCGGCGUCGACUUCUGACUCGACCUUCAGCCGUAGGAUACGAUGGCCGGGCAGCCCCACGGCAUACGGAAGUGUCCCCGUGACCCCUGCCACCCCCUUCACCGUCAUGUCGUCGGUAUCGGGGGCAGAAGGGUACAGUGCCGCCUCCCGGUUGGGAGCGCAGAACUCGAGCCAGUUCGGCCUGAAACUCAUUUUUGCCCACCCCUUGAGCCCACGCGAGGAGAAAGGCCUCACACAAGCGCUCGAGAAGGCGGCAAAGAAGUUCAAAUUAGAUCCCAGCUGGCUUCCCCAAGCAGUCUCUCCCUCCACUCUCGGCCUACCAGUCGACCUAAUCUUGAAGUCAACCGCCCAAAAUAAGACGCUCUUCACGUCAGAGCGCCUCACACUCUUGUCGCUAGACCAUCUGUACACCUUCCGCACAGCCUUACAAGCCUACGCCCGUACAAAGGCCGCUUGCCGGCUCGAGGAUGCCGUCGAUGAGCUCCGCCGCCUGUUUCUCGCCAACGGGCGUCGCGCACUGCGCAAGAGCGCUCUGCUGGCUGCCUACCGAUGGCUCGAUCCCCUCAACGACGCUGCUUUGGCCGACGUCUGCCGCAUGUACGAGCGGGCGUAUGGGGGCAUCGAGAGAGAGUGCGGCGUGGAGAAUGAUGUCGACCCCGCGCCGGGCUGGCCGCCGCCUGAGAGUAAGCCGAACUCUAGAGUUGCGGAGCAACCGAUGGCAAAGAGGACUGGAGUACCAGCGCCAGGCAGCCGACACCUUGAGACCACCCCGCCACCGCAACACCGCGAGCCGGAGAUCCAAACUCAGAUCGUCGAUCCAGCCAACACCCUCGACAAGGAGAUUCUCCUCUCGAACGCCGACCUUCUACCAGAAGACCAAUCCGAGCUCGACGAGAUCGAAGCCUGGUACCGCGAAAUCCAACAACAACAACAAAACGACAUGCCCCGAUCAACGACGAUCGAAAUCCACCCCUUACGCUCCCACCCCGCCGAUGAAACUACGGCAGUAGUCGAGAUCCUCCCUCCUCCCACGUCGCCGCCCCCUCCCCCACCUACAUCCGCAACCUACCGGAACAGGCCGUGGCACCAGCCAGAGGAACCCACCCUCUCCGAAAUGAUGCGCACAACCCCCAAACUCCGCCCGGCACCCCCCGGGCGAUCCCUUGCCUUAAAGCUGCAGACAACGUUCGACAAGCCGGCCCGAGGCAGCGGCGGCGGUGCGGGCGGCAAGAAACAGUUGCAGAAGCCGGUCGCCAUAAAACCGCAGGCCCAAACAACAACAGAGAAGCCCAUCGAGGUCGUACACGAGGAGGACGAGGACGAAGAAGAGGAGGAGCUCACGGCGCGGCCGAGCAGCGCCAUCAAGUCGUUCGCCAACGCACGCUGGACGGCCGGGAACGGCGGUGCCAACGGCGGCAUGUCGAUCGACGAGCUGAUGCUGCGUGGCGGGGCGGCGGCUGGGGAUGGCAGAGAGAGUGGUAGUCACCUGCAGCCGCAGGCGGACGACAGGGUCGGCCCGAUGACGCCGAACGGGUAUGAUGACAUCUCGCCCAUCACGAGGGGCGAGUGGGGGUUUCUGAUGUUUGGGAAGGGCAAGACGGCGGGGGUCGGGACGUGUUGAUUUGGGUGGGGGUUGUUGGGGUUGGGGGGUUCUGGUUUAUGGCCGUUUCAAUGCUAUAUAUUUUUAUUAUUGAGCAUAUAUUUCCCGAGU